AUGUGGAGCUACGAGCCACGCCCCCGAGCAGCGUCACAGCCUCAGAUCAACAGCUGGGCCAUGAGCGACAGGCCCGCUGGCGUGAUGGAUCUUGCUGGAACUAAACCUCAGCUCGCAACAAUGUCUUCCGCUGUAUCAUCUGCCGCCUCUCCCAGCGCAACGGGCGCCUCGUGCACCACGGCCGACUUUACACAAUUUCCUACCCAAGAUGUCUUCUGCGCUGUCGGCAGCACAACCGGCAUCCCCUCCAACACAUCCGACACGCUCUCGCAAUGCUGCAAAGACGCUCCGGUCGAGGAGUUCAACGGUUCAUGCGGAUAUUACUGUCUCGCGUACGACCAGACUGUUGCUGAUCUCAAUGCCUGUUUUAUGGACAACGGUGUGAACCCCAGCCAGAUCUUUUGCUCGGGAAACAACACGGCAAGCGCGACGGGCACACCAAGUGGAAGUGGAAGCGCGAGCCGGACGUCUGGUGGUAAUGGCCCUGAUGCUACGGGCUCGUCAGGUAGCACUGGUGCUGCUGCACCCAUGGGUGUAAGCAAGGCCGGCCUGGGCAUGUUGGGCAUGUUCGUCAUCUCUGCUUUUGCAGGCCCACGAACCCUUCCUCUCCUUGGUAACCUGCUGUCUAUACCGACGAAGAAUGCACACUUCCAAUUCACAGCUUGGAGAAAGCAAUAUGGCCGCAUCUAUAGCCUGAAACUCUUUCACACCACAGCCAUCGUGCUCAGCGACCGCCGCCUGGUCCGCGAGCUCAUUGACAAGCGCGGCGCAACAUACAACAGCAGACCACCUUUCUUCUUUGCCGAGCGCUAUAUUGCCAGAGAUCCAGCGAAUAUUCCCUUGGUCGUCUUCAUGCCCUCGGGAGAUAAAUGGCGGCUUUGCAGAAAGUUAUAUGCACAGUGUUUCAACGAAGCGAAAGUUGAGAAGGAGUACGUUGGCAUUGUGGAAGCUGAAAGUAGGCAGAUGAUACAUGACUUCUGGCACGAACCAGGAGGUUUUAUGGUGCAUACUUUGCGAUUCAGUAAUAGUAUCAUUAAGAGUUUGGUGUAUGGGACAAGGACUAGACAUGCAGACGAACUUCAAGAGUAUAUAGUCAUGUUCGAGAAGUAUGUCGAAUUGCUUGAGGUUGGUGCAAUACCGCCGGUAGACUUAUUACCUUGGUUGGUAUACGUACCCCAGUGGAUGUGGCGGGGACGGUGGAAGAAUUGGAAGAAUAAAGGAGAUGAGAGUGGACAGGCUGUUAAUGCUGUCUUCACGAAGAUGGCAGAGCCAGUGUUGGAGAGGAGAAGGCGUGGGGUACGUGCAGGUUCUGUGUAUGACUACCUGCUGGAUGAGGGAGAGAAGGGUAUCAAUCUAACGAGAAGAGAUCUGGACACCCUUGCGGGCUCAUUGAUCGAUGCUGGGAGUGAUACGACGGCAUCUGCUAUACGGGUUUUCGUACAAGCUAUGAUCAAGUAUCCAGGUGUUCAACAACGAGCUCAUAGGCAAGUUGAUGAAGUGGUAGGAAGCAAAAGAUCGCCGAUGUGGAGCGAUGUUGCGAAGCUACCGUAUGUCGUUCAAAUCAUCAAGGAGGUGAUGCGAUGGAGGCCAGUAGCGAGCAUCAUGCCGCAUCACAGCACCGCCGAUGACACCAUUGAUGGCUACUUCAUCCCUAAGAACACGACUGUCCUCAUAAAUGUCUGGGAUCUGAAUCACUCUCCAGCCGACGUCAAUACUUGCGAGUCCCCAAUGUCAGACUUCGAUCCUGACCGAUACGCAACUCGCAUCCACGCCGCAUCUCACUACGCAGCGUCUCCCGAUAUCGCCUCGCGGGACCACUAUACCUACGGUGCCGGACGACGCAUCUGUCCCGGUAUGCAUCUCGCCGAGCGCAGUCUCUUCAUUGCUAUCGUGAAGUUGCUUUGGGCUUUUGAAUUCAAAGAGAAGCCUGGAAGGCCGGUAGAUGUUGACCCCGAAACAGGAUUCAUGGAUGGUCUUGUGAGGACGCCAAAGAACUUCGAAUGGAUUGGAGUUUAUCGAUGGUAUGUGAGCAUCCUGACCGUCUUGCACGGCACGGAUCUGCUUAUGGAAGUCAACGUCCGGAUAUGUGCUUGGGCUGACGACGACGCAGGUGCAGUGAACCUUGCAGCUAUCUCGGGCAACAAGGCCCUUGUAAAAGACCACGACCAUGACAACUACAAGAAGGUCUUCGCAGUCAAUGUUAAGGGCAUGUUCUUGUGCAUGGCUGCCGAGCUUCGCAGCAUGCAUCCCACAAGUAAAGGCGGACCAGGUGGAUCGAUUGUAAAUGCAGCAUCGACAGCAGGACUGGUCGACAAAGAAGGCAGCUCAAUCUAUUGCGCAUCAAAAUAUGCCGUCAUUGGACUUACGAGGGCUGCUGCAAGGGAGCAGUCCAAGACUGGCAUUCGGAUCAAUGCUAUCGCACCAAGCUUUGGUGACACACCACACCUGGACGCCUUCGAUAUUGAGAACGGCUUCACACCCCCCAACAACGCCGUCCUCGGCCGCGUCCCCAGCCCUGAACAAGUCGCGAAAGUGAUUCAAUUCCUGCUUAGCAGCGACGCAAGCUUCGUGACUGGAUCAGUGUGGCAGGUCGACGGCGGCGCAUUGUGUUGA